UACAGAUAUAAGAAGACCCAACCCAUAAGUUAAAAACCAAGAAAAAUUUCAUUUUGGCAACUGCAAUUUGAUAAGAUUUCUUGAAAUUAACAACUGUAAUUUGAUAAGAACUCCGAGCUUUAAAAAUGGCAGAACAUCAUAGGCCAACCAGUGAUCUUGAGAACGACAGCAGCAAGCAACUGAGCGGGUCGAUCUAUUUGCGCACCAACAACACCGGCCCAAUCGAGCGCCCAUCGCGCCGCCAUUUGCGCUGCAGCGAUAAAUUUGUGAGAUACUUGUGCGCAUUUUUCAUCUCAUUUCUUUUCGUUGUGGCCGUCGUGAUCUUCGUUGCAUGGAUCUCAGUUCGACCACACAAGCCCCGCGUAGUUUUAGACUACGCCGCCAUUUCAUACUUCCACGUCUCCAACGUCUCCCUGGACGCCACCAUGAAUUUCAACGUCUCCUUCAGGAAUUCCAACGAAAAGGUGGUCAUUUUCUACGAUAACUUCUUUGUCGAGGUGAUCUACAGCUCUGAAAGGAUUGCUUCCGGAUCGGUCCCUAAAUUUGUCCAGGGUGAGAAGAAUACGACUGUGAUUCAGCCGAGGGCCCAAGCUCACUUGCUCCGUCUUGAUCCGCAGACUUCGGCGGAACUCGCGGCGGAUAAUCAGGCGGGGAGGAUUGGCUUCGACCUCAAGAUGACGGCUAAGACUCGGUUCAAGUUGGGGCGGUGGUCGACCAAGCAUUACAGAAUGACUGUCAAAUGUGUUAAAUUGGUCAUCAAUUUUAUUCCAGGGCCCUUUCACAGGCAGAAGUGCAGGGUUUUCUUCUAGCCUUUUUCUGCCCGAUUUUUGCUUUCCUUUUCUUUUCUGUUGCUUUGGAAUAAACCUCUCGUAGUUUCCUGAUAGCUCGAGAAUAUUUGUUAAUUUGGGUACCUUGUCAUUCAAAAUUUUUAAUUGGAUUUUUACAGCGGGCAACUUGGCUGAAUCGCUGCCUUUGUCUAAAGCUUUCGAUAUAUUAAAAGUAAAUAAAGAAAUUUUUAUGAAA